ACGAAAGCUCUUUCCGGGUCUGGUCUGCCAGCAAGCCUCCACCAAAACCGGUCGCGUUUCUUUGCUUGGAACCAUCGUCCCUGCUUCUCCCUCUUUCUCUUUCUCUCUCCAUAUUCCCUUCAGCAGCAUGCGCGCUUCUGGGAUUCAAUCGUCAUGAUCCCUAGUCGAGGCGGCCUUGCGACGGCCGCGCUCCUUGCUGCGCGCCGGUCGCUUCCAUCUUCACCACGAUCGCUCGGCCUUGGUCUCGUAGCAGCGUCCCAUUUCCGACAUUUUGACCAGAAUGUGAUCCGGCGGCCCGUCAGUCGUGUUUGGGAGAGCACGACAGUCAAUCCGGAUGCGGCUGCUGUGCCUCCACAUGCUUCAGAAGAGGGGGCUGAUAAGAGUGGGCAUAUCGUCACCCACUCCAACGAGUCCAUUCUCUUCUUCGACAACAUCUUCCCACUCAAGCUCAGCAGUGUGCUAAGUCGCCCUUACAAGACGGACUACGAAGUCACCGACCUGCUCAAACGUUUCGAGACAUCCUCUCUGGGUAUCUUGGACCCAAUCCGCCUAGUCAAGACAGCCAUACCGGAAGACCUACCGAUCAAGGUCACAGAAAUUCUGCCACGGCUAAAAGAUGGAGGCGCAUAUGUCAAGUUCCGGCAUGAUGCCAACAUAGACCCUGCAGAGAUUGAAGCUCAGUUGGCCAAGAGCCUCAAGGAGAGGCCUAUUAAGCCUUGGUUCAGCCUCUUUCGCCCUGUCAACGCCCGCCUUGUGCAGGGCACUCCAUGGCUCGAGGACCUGUAUCGCUUUCCGUCAAGCCUCAUCAAGGUCGAAUUUGUUCCUCCGAUCCCUGGAACCGCCCCUGAAGAACUCUCAGAAGAGACCCUUUACACCCUGUUCCGCAAGUACGGCAAAAUCGCAGACAUUAUACCUCAGCCUACCGAUUCAAAGGUCACACCUCGCUAUGCUCAACUUGGAUUCCCCGUGACAAGGGAUGCCAUCAUGGCUCGCAACUGUAUGCAUGGCUUCAUUGUGAGCGAGGCUCUUGGAGGCGGCAAUAGCGGUACCAAGCUUCGAUUGUCUUUUGAGAAGCGCGUCAAGGCGCACAGCAUCUGGAACUGGCUGACCAGCCAUCCCCGUAUCGUUAUCCCCGUCAUCGCUGCCCUGGUUGCCGGUCUCUCGGUUCUCAUUUUCGACCCUAUUCGCGAGUUCUUCAUCAAGCUUCAUGUUCAGCACUCACUGGAAUUCAAGGAUUCCAAGAUUUACAAGUGGUUUAAGAAACAGACUGGCAACUUUGGGUUGACAGGCAAGAAGAAGAGCAACGACGGUCUGAGUGAAGUUUGGAAUCAUCGACGUGAUGCGAUUGAAAAGGUGCAUGGCUGGCUUGAUGAGACAUCCGACACAUUCAUCGUCGUCACUGGGCCCAAGGGCUCGGGCAAGGUCGAAAUGGUCAUGGAGCAGGCUCUGGAAGGUCGCAAGAACGUGCUUAAACUGGACUGCAGGCGAAUCGUUGAGGCCAGAGGCGAAGCUGGCACCAUCAAGCGGCUCGCAACUGCUGUUGGCUAUCGUCCUGUCUUUUCUUGGGCCAAUAGCAUGAGCAGCAUGAUCGACCUCGCCGUGCAAAGCACCACGGGUGUCAAGGCAGGCUUUUCGGAAACCCUCGAGUCUCAGCUCAACAAGAUUCUGCAGACGACAACUGGCGCCCUCAAGGAUGUUGCCGUUUCAUCUCGCAACAAGAAGGAUAGCGAUGCCAAGCUGUCAGAGGAUGCCUGGCUCGAGGCUCACCCUGAGCGCAGACCUGUCAUCGUCGUCGACAACUUCCUCCACAAGGGCGAGGAGAACAGCAUCAUUUACGACAAGAUUGCCGAGUGGGCAGCAACAGUGGUUCAGAACAAUGUCGCUCAUGUCAUCUUCCUGACUACCGACUCGGCGUACUCGAAGCCCCUGGCCAAGGCCUUGCCUGAUCGACUCUUCCGUACAGUCUCUUUUGGUGACCUCGCCCCCGAUGUUGCCAAGAACUUUGUUCUCAGCCGCCUCAAGGACCAGAUCGCUGCUGAGGAGAAGGCCCGUCAGGAAGACGGCGAUGACACUGAGAAACGCCCGAUGCCACGCUUAAACAUGAUGGAGCUCGACCAGUGUAUCGACACGCUCGGCGGCCGACUCACUGACUUGGAGUUCCUGGCACGUCGUCUCCGGACUGGCCAAUCUCCCAAGGAGGCGAUGGAGGAGAUUGUCUCUGAGACUGCCACUGAUAUCGUUCGCAUGUUCCUCCUGGGCAAGCCCUCUGACAUUGAGGGCAAGAAGUUUUCUUCCCAGCAGGCGUGGCACCUCAUCAAGUCCCUUGCCCAGAACCCAAACCUACGGUAUAACCAGAUCCUCCUCUCGGCGCCCUUUUCCUCGGCCGCAGCAGCGGGUGCGACCGAUGCAGAUGCGGCUAUCGAUAGCCUAGCUAGCUCAGAGCUCAUUGCCGUUCAGUCGUAUCAGGGCCGACCGAUGACCAUCACGGCUGGCAAGCCUCUCCACCAAGCCGCCUUCUCAGUACUUCUCCACGAUCGUGUGCUCAAGGCCAAGAUGGACUACGACAUCCUUAACGACUCGUCCAAGGCCGAGGCCCGUUCCAUUGACAAGGUCGAGAAUGAGCUGGCGCUGCUCGGUAGCCUGCCCCGACAAACAGGUGAGACAGCUGGACGCAUCACCUUCCUGCUCCGCAAGCUCGAGGAUAGCCAAGCCAAGAUUGCCAAGUGGGAUAGGGAGAUGACCGAGUUGAAGAAGGUCUUGAACGAGGAAUUUUGA